AUGAGUUCUGUCAACAGGAUUGAUGAUCAAGAUUCCGACCGUUCGUUCUGGCAAAACACGACUUCUUACAAUGUCAACAGCAAGAUCUUACUCACCACCGUCGUUUCCUUCUCAAUUAUUAUCCUCGUCGUCUUCAUUUACUAUCUCUACGCAAGAUUCGUCCUACGCCACCACCGUAGAUCCACCUUCCAAAUCCUCUCCCUCUCCGUCGUUUCUCAGCCGCCCAAACGUGGCCUCGACACGCUAGUCAUCGCGUCUCUCCCUACGUUCGUGGUUGGAGUCAACGGUGAUGACGUGGCGGCUACGGAAUGUCCGGUGUGUCUAACCUUGUUUGAGGAGAAAGAUAUAGCGAGGAUGUUACCGAAUUGCAAGCACGUGUUUCACGUGGCCUGCGUAGACACGUGGCUCACCAUGCACUCCACUUGUCCCGUAUGUCGAAAUGAAGUACAGCCGAGUGUAAGGCUUGAGCCUGAGCCAAGGGAAGGGCCAGUUGGCGCCGGUGAAACGUCGUUGGAUUUUGCGGCGUCGUCGUCGGAGAAUAAAAGUGGCGGGUCAUCGGUUUUGCGGUUAGAUUCGGUUCGGAGGAUUUUGACAAGGGAGAGAUCUUCGAACAGGAACAAUCAUGCUCACGUUGACCAAGAUCGUGUAUUGGAUAUAGAAAGACAAUGA